AUGAACUGGACCGUUCGUCGACCAUUUCGUGAACAAUUUGCCUAUGAUAUUGGUCGAAAUCGACAUACGAAUCAUCGUGUUUUACCAUAUCAAGUGCAUAAAACUUCAACAAAUCAACCAAUUGAUGCUCUUCGUCUUGAAUUAGCUGAUUGUCGUCCUCCAUAUCCAGUUCAUAAUCCACGACGUGAUUCGUAUAUUCGAACAUUUCCUGAACGUCGAUCGACGAUUCAACGAACCAAUUCAUCAUCAAUUCGUUCAGUUUCAACUUUCGAAACUGAUCUUGUUCAUCAACGAGUCUCAACGAUCCGUUCGUAUCCAUCGCCGACAUCGAUUUUCGAACGAGAAGAAGUUAUCAAUGAACUCGAUGAACCAAAUAACGAUCGACUUCUUACCAUUGAACAACCAUUGAAUAAAACAACAGAUGAACUAAUUGAAGAAGAAUCUUCAAGCCAAUGUCGAACAUGUCUAAUGCUAAUGGAAAUUAUCGAUCAUCAAACUCAACAAAUUCGACAAUGUACAGAACAAAUUUCUCAGCAAGCUGAUUUAUUAGCUAAACUAGGUCGACGUUUAGCAGGAAUUGAAGAAGGCAUUGACGAUCAAAAGGCUGAGCAGACAACUACGACUUCAUCUGCAGAUAAAUAA